UCGCGCUACACCCUGUUGGCAGGUUUAAUUUGGGAAUGCCCAUUAGAAAGAGGGCAUGGAGGUGAGGAAAAUUCUGCCAUGCAGGACUUUUGUGCAUGUUGUUUUGACUUGUACACAUUUUUCAGAUUUUUUUCUUGCAAUGGUUUUUUUCUAGCUUUUCUAGAUUUCCAGUCCUCGCACGAAGCGAUCCACGCAGCUCGCUGCGAAUUGUGAUUGGAUGAAAGUGCUCAUGCAUGCACUCGCAGCGAGCUGCGAGGAGCUUCGUGCGAGGACUGGAAAUCCGCCUUAAUAGUCCGUCAUUUCUACUUCUACUUUAUUACUCUUCAACACGUAUCAAGAAGGAUUAUCAUGCAUUAUCCUCAGCUGUGCCAUUAUCCACCAACAUCACCCAGUAUCCGCAUGUUUAUUCCUUAUAUGGUAAGAUAGCCAUAUAAGGAGGUAGCAGAAGUCACGAGGUCACAGUCACAGACGAGGAGAAAGAAAAGCAUCAGUUUUAAAUAAAAUAUUUAUUUAUUUUUUUAAUAUCACACGAAAAAUGCCUUCAUUUUCUUCAGAGCAACUGCGAAAGAUCUUUAUUGGUGGUUUAAAUCUGGAAACUACGGAAGAAACUCUUAAAGAUUAUUUUUCUCGCUGGGGUGAGUGUGUAGAUGUAGUUGUGAUGCGACACUCCGACACUGGUAAACCACGAGGUUUCGGGUUUGUAACUUACGAAAAAGUUGAAUCGGUGGAUGCUGUUUUAACUGUUAAAUCACAUAUUCUCGAUGACAAAAAGAUUGAUCCAAAGCGAGCCGUUGCUAGGGAGCAACCAUCUCAUUCGACUAAACAAGAAGACGAGAAAAAUCGCGAAAAUCAGAGAGUUUUUGUUGGCGGAUUAGCGAGUGCUACAACCGAGGACGAUGUUAGAGAAUGCUUCACAAAAUUUUGUUAUGAAGUUGGUUACGGUAGAGUACAAGAUAUAGAGAUUAUGAGAAAUAGAGAAGACGGUAAAUGUCGAGGGUUCUGUUUUGUUACAUUUCAUAGUGACACAGACAUUGUCGACAGAGUUUGUGCUGAAAAAUAUUUUGAAAUAAUAAACAAGGCGGUUGAAGUUCGCCGUGCUGAAUCGAGGCUGGCAAUGAUGGAAAGGAAGGGGAGAGGUCAGGACAUUGAUAGACGAAGAAUGGCAGAUCGCAGAAGAGAUGCGAACUACAGUUAUCAAGGUGGGUGUUAACAAUUGAUCCUACUUGUGUGUAUUUGAGGGGGAGUUGCUUUAUAUGCGAGUCAAUUCCAACUGCAUCACCCCCCCCCCCCCCGGCGAACCCCGGGGAAUUUGACUUUUCAAAAAAAAUAUGGUUAAAUUUCGGACGGUGCGGGCGAAACCCAUUGCCAAAUUCCCAACAAUGCAGGCAAAAAACAUAGUCAAAUGCCCAUAUCUGCCUCGUACGUUUCCCAUAUGUUUGCAGUUUAUAUAGUUUUACAAUACUGUUUCUUUUUAUGCUUGCUAUUGCGAGUUCAAUUUUCUUUUUAUCUAUAAAAUAUCGUAAAGACACAUACCUUUUGAGACAAAUUCUGCAAAAGAACAAGCAAUUACAUCCUUUUUGACAUCCCUGGUCGAAUUCCAAACUUUAUAUAAUGGCACAAAAAAACUACUUGUGCCGUGCAGUGUGUUUUUUAACACAUGUGAAAAACAAAUCACAUCACGUUCAUCAAUGUUUAUCUACAGUAAGCACUUUGCGCGACUGCUGGCCAAUUUUGUGCCAGUGAUCAGUCAAAUGAAAGGGGUCAAAUGCCAGACAGUGCGGGAAUGUUUUCGCGUCAAAUUCCCGCCUAUGCAGGAUUAACCUCUGGUCAAAUCCAGGGGGUUUGCCUGGGGGAGGAUGAUCGCAGUUGGAAUUGACUCAUACAUUAUUAUGGGGCUGUAUGUAUAGGAAUGGCCCAGUGAGUGUGACAGUCUGGAAAGGAGGGUGAAUUUGUUUUGGGUUUAUAUAAGAAAUUUCAUCCUGCUUGCUGGGUCCUUUCUUUUGGGAAAUUUUCAUCAUGGUGGGCAAUUGAACUGGUUUUCCAGGGUUUUGGUACAUGGAAAUACCCUGAAAAAUGCUUGGUGUAUCCUAGGGUUGGGCGGUUUAUCGAUAAAACUAAUCGAUCCAAUCGAUUUUUCUAUUGACAAAAAACCGAAAAAAAAUAGGGAAAAUAGUUGAAACUUGCAGAAGCAGAUCACUGAUCACAUGCGUGAAAAGAAGGUGGAUUUCUGGCAUUUCUGAGAAGAAGGUGGAUUUCUGGCUUACAAACAAUUCGUAUUCAUAUUCUGUACCCUGGCUUAUUUCAGAUGUGUGUAAAACAGUAAAAGGGAAAAUAAUACCGAAAUAUUCGUAAUUCGCAACUGAAAUGGCCACCAUAUUUUUUUACCCAGUGUUUCCACUAUUUUAUGAAAUAUACUUUAAUUAAAUUUUCAUAAGGAAAUUUUCAUUAAAAAACAUCGGGUUUUUCGUGGUUUUUUUUUCAGACAGUUUUCGGUUUUUACCCUGAACCGCCCGACCCUAGUGUAUCCAUGUAUCAAAGGAAACAUAUGAUAACAUAUACCUAAUGGAAAUACCUGGAAAUCCUUCAUGCAAUGAACAUUCUCAGAUCUGAGUUAUCUUCAAUUUUCCAUCUUGCUAUUUACAAUGAUUUGGCAAAAAUGUAACCCAGAAUUCAAAUGUCCAUGCUCAAAUUAGUCUAUGUCGACAAUUUCAUGCUGUCUAGUCUCUAGAGAGUUUGCUCAAAAGUUAAUGUUUGUUGCAACGUUUAGUGAUUUUGUAUACAUAUGACAGGAAUUUGCUACUUGAAGUAAGAGUCAUCUUCCCGUCAAUCCCGUGUUUUGCAACUUGGUGAAUGUUUGGCUUUGCGAAACAUUUUUUUAUUUUUAAAUCAAUACAACAGAGAGUAUGGUUAAUUAAUCAUUGCAUACCAAUUUAAUCUAGGCCAAGAGAAUAUAUUUCUCUUCCUGGGGCCUGUUGUUCAAAAGUCGAUCAGCUUAACCCCAGGUUAACCUAAAAUUCAAAGCAAACUUCCCAACAGCUUGUCUGUAAAUUUGGAAAUAUUUCUUCAGAAAUCUUGUCUGGGUCGACAUGAGUUUACUUCUCUGAAGUUUUGAAAUAAACAGAUAUGUAGAAAUACACAAACGAAAACAGUGGGUUAAAUUUUAACAGGGAGGUUAGCGCGCUAACCCACCUUUGAACAAGUGGCCCCUGGCAGCAAAAUCCAGAAAUAAAAAUGUCCUAGCAUGUAAGUCAAAUGUGAAACAUCCUACAUAUGUACAAUAUUUCAGAGAAUGUAUGGUACCACACAUUUGUGAUUGAUAUCAAUCUCAAUCAAAAACAUUUAUUGUUUGCAGAAUAUACUGUAAUUAUUCUACUGUAUAUAUUUCUGUUUUGUGGUGUGGUCUAAGAGUUAUUUUUUGUUUUGAUAACUAUUUCAGGUCCACAAAGUAUGAGAGGCAAUAACUUUGGUUCAGCAAUGCAAGGAACUAUGUCUGGUGGUUUUGGAGGUGGCAAUGAAGGAGGUUAGGUGUAGGAAACUAUCUUAAUUUUUGGAGCUGUGCAUCUUUUGCUGGAGCCGGAGUUGGAAAACUCUGGCAGACAAAAUUAUGAAAAAUGAAAAAGUUUAAUUACUUGGUCCGAACCGAUUCGUGAUUUCGAAAAUUCUGCAAAUGCAUGCAUUGCUAUCGCUUUUGAUACAAAAAUCCGCUGACCCCAAUGUAUUUUGGGUGAAAAUACCUCGCUGCCAUGCAGUUUUACUUGCUACAAAACAUUGUUUAAACAAGCACCGAAGCACAUAUAUUUGAUAAGUAAAGGAGAAAGCUCAAAAAGGAAUAAAAUAAAUUCUGAAAUUACACUGAAAUAUGUUCGCCUGUUUCUACUUUUAAAUUAAUAUGAAAUUUUCUUAAAAUACCCUUGCCGGAGUCGAAGUUUUGACUGCCGGACCCGGAGCUAAAAUAACCAGGGUUUGCACAACUCUACUUAAUAUGUUACAACAAUAUCUAUUUUUGAGAUGUUAUUUUUUGUUUAUUUGCUGCUUGAUAGUUUAUAAUUUGUUGUAUUUCCAUGCAUAAGCUGGAAAGCUAUGACAUACCAUAGGAAUUUUUCUGGGUUUAAACACUUUGUAGAAACAAAGCAAAUAUUGACAGUAAUAUUUAAUAUCUCUCUCUGGCACUGUUUUCAGAGCACUGUUGCCUUUCAUCUGACAGGGUAGGUAGUAACUAGUCUUUAAAUUGAAUUAGUCAAUUUCUGAGUUAAAGGCAAGAACUUCUAUCACGACUACUUCCAAAAGCUCACAUAUGGAGAUAACAAACUGCUACUGCCAAAAGUUAGAACUGAAACUGCAAGGAAAUGAUUUGCAUAAGGAGUAGUCCAAUACAACAAACUGCCAGACAGUCUAAUCAUAGAGUCUAAUGAAAGAAACAUCAUUACUAAGAUUUAAAGAACCAUAUCAACAGAAUUUUUUAAAUUAUAAGAGACAUUUUGUCACUUUUUAUUAAACAAACACUAUUCUUAAUUACUAUUCAAAACAUUUUGUAAAUUAGAAGCUUCUCACAUUUUAUCUGUAUUUAGUAUUUUUGCACAAGUGAACAUAACAAAUCCUACAAGGUGAUUGGUCAAAUUUGACGUAUUAAUCUGUUAUAUUCACCUACAGGUGAAUAUAACAAAAUCAAAAUUUUCAAAAUGGCGGCUAGCCGUUUUGUUGAAGUUAGUGAUGAAGAAAUAAGUGAAAUUAAAAUGAAUUCAGACCAGAAAAACACAAAAAAACUUGUGCAAAAAUACUAAAACUCAGGCUCAGUGAUUAUCGGGGGAAUAUUCACCUCGACUUCUUCUCGGCGAAUAUUCCCUGAUAAUCACCUCACCUUCGGCGAAUAAUUGUUAAUUAUCAACUUUAUUGUAAACACAGGUCCUUGAUUUAUAGCAGCUUAAUAUAGCUGACCUAGCUAAUCUGUAAGAAUAUAGUUUAUUAUUAUUAAGCUUACUUCUAAUGAUUCCAAAAUCCCUGAUAAUUAGGUGCAAGUCAUGGAGGGAGCCAGAUAUGUUUAUAGUGCCAGAGAGUUUGAGCUGUAUGUGUGUAAAACCCAUAAUAGGGAAGGCAUGGUUGCAUUUUGCAUCCCCCCCUGCCUAGCAACAGAUGAUCUUGUUCUUACAGUGAAAAAUUAUACAAAAAGUGUCCCACUUCUGCUUUAGUAGUUUGUUGUGAUUUACUGUAAUUUGUUCUGUUUUUCUGUAGCGAUUACUGAUUUAUCGGCAAAUACUGCGAUAAAAUUUAAAUUUUGUACCUUUUAUGCAAUGAAACUAACGAAAAAUGUAUUAUUUCCCUUUGCUACAAAUUAUCAUAUUUAUUAAAAAUAGAGAACUAUAUUGGGUCAUUCCAGAAAACAUCCAUACCACCCCCACGGAGGAAAUAGGAAGUUAACCCCCUUACCCCCUUCGGAUGUCCUAAUACAUUUACUAUUAUCAGAAACAAUUUUUUCUCCCCUCCCCCUUCCGGACGGCAGAAAUUUCCUCUGUGGGGGAACGACCCAUUUUGAGAAAACUAUGUUUUAUCACGGUAUUUGCCGAUAAAUCGGUAAUCGCUACAGCAAAACAGAACAAAUAACAGUAAAUCACAACAAACUGCAGAAGUGGGACAUUUUUUGUAUUUUUACUGUAAGUACAAAUAAUGGGCAGUAAUGUAGCGUUAUCUUCAUGGGUAACCCAUGCAGAUAUAUACUUAUAAUAAUCCCUUUAAUUUCAUCAAUAGGUUUUGAUGGUUUUAAUAUGAAUGCAAUGGCUCUUGCUGGAAUGAUGAACAUGUUUGCAAGUUACAUGGGCAUGAAUAUGGGCAAUAUGGGUGGUGCUAUGGGCAACUCAUGCAUGAAUCAAAUGGGAAACAUGGGUGGUGCCAUGGGAAAUACGGGCAGCAAUCAAAUGAGUGGUCAUAAUCGUGGUGUUGGUGAUUUAGCAACAACUAAUAGUGGUGGUCAGAAACCAUAUAAUCACCCAGGCGGAAAUGUUUACACUGGUAAUCCAACUACUAAUGAUGGUUCUGUUGGCGGUGGUGCUCAGAAUUCAUCCACAUAUAAUCAGCAGGCUGCCUCUAGUAUGGUAGAUAUGUCAGGGUAUGCUAAUACCAUGGGUGCCAUGUUUGGUGUGGAUCCAACAAAUGUUCAAGCUGCCUUGUAUAGUGCAUAUGCUGCUGGCAACAAUCAACUUGGAGUUUAUAACUACCAGUCACCUUCAGCUUAUGGUCCGGCAAGGAACACAUCAACUGGAAAUUCUGCUAGUACCAGUCAAGGGUAUAAACCAUAUUGAAGUCUUUGAAGAAAGGUAAGAUAUUUAGUCUUCAACCAACUCCAAUCAAUACUUUUAUGAUGAAAUAUAAAUUCAAUUACAAAUUCACCAGUUUUCUAUUUUAACAACAUUACAUGUUUCAGG